AUGGUAAAAGGUUUAGGUGUUUUAUUUGGAAUGCAUUUCAAGGUUCAUGACAUCAACAGUGCUCGUUUUCUAUGGAAAACCAUACCUUCCUCAAUCAAAGAAAGCAAACCUGAAAUCACUGCUGUGUGGAAAAUUGGUCAACAGCUUUGGUUAAGGAACUAUGGUGGAGUACAUGAGGCGAUCCGUGGUUAUGAGUGGAGUCAAGAACUCCAGGGUUUCAUUUCUGCUUUCUCAGAACUUUACACAAAAGAGGUUUUUCAGCUGCUCGUAUCUGCUUAUUCUACAAUAAGUAUUGAGGAUGCUGCUUUAUUUCUGGGAAUGAGUAAAGACGAUGCUACAAGUUAUGUGCUACAGCAAUGUUGGACUGUGGACUCUUCCUCUGGGAUGCUAACUGUGCAGAAGCAGCCUGUUGUGACAGAGCAGAAGCUAGAUCCUCGAAAAUUGCACCAACUCACCAAAUUCCAUUCACCAUUCAAUCUUUCUCCCAAUCAUCUUCACCGAACACCUCCGCCUAGCAACCUUCUUCAACCUUCUAAAAUCCCCACACAGUUCUGA